AUGACCACCAUUUUCCAUGAUAUGAUCCAGAAAGAAAUUGAGGUGUAUGUGGACGAUGUCAUCAUAAAAUCCCGCGAGAGUUCGAAUCACCUGACACACUUGGAAAAGUUCUUUAACAGGUUACGUAGGUAUGAUUUGAAGUUGAAUCCAGCCAAAUGUGCAUUUGGAGUGCCUGCAGGAAAGUUACUCGGAUUCAUAGUUAGCAGAAGAGGUAUCGAGCUUGACCCUUCCAAGAUCAAGGCAAUUCAAGACUUACUUCCUCCAAAGACUAAGAAGGAAGUAAUGAGUUUUCUGGGGAGACUGAAUUACAUCAGUCGAUUCAUAGCUCAAUCGACGGUGAUAUGUGAGCCCAUAUUCAAGUUACUACGAAAAGAUGCGCCAACCAAAUGGACCGAAGAAUGUCAGAAGGCUUUUGACACCAUCAAGAGUUACCUUUCGAAUCCACCAGUGUUGGUGCCACCACGUGCAGGCAGUCCUUUGCUAUUGUAUUUAUCUGUCUCUGACAAUGCAUUCGGGUGUGUGUUGGGACAACAUGAUGAGACCGGAAGAAAGGAGAAAGCUAUAUACUAUUUGAGCAAGAAGUUCACGUCAUAUGAGGCCCGUUACACCCUUUUAGAGAGAACUUGUUGUGCUUUGACUUGGGUUGCUCAGAAAUUGAGACAUUAUCUAUCAGCUUAUACAACACAUCUCAUUUCGAGGAUGGACCCGCUCAAGUAUAUAUUUCAGAAAGCAAUGCCCACAGGAAAGCUAGCAAAGUGGCAAAUAUUGUUGAGUGAGUUCGAUAUUGUGUACAUGACUCAGAAAGCAAUCAAGGGGCAAGCUUUGGCAGAUCACCUUGCUGAAAACCCAGUAGAUGAAGGAUAUGAACCACUUAUAACAUACUUCCCUGAUGAAGAAGUAUUGUUUGUAGGGGAAGACAUAUCAGAAUCAUAUCCUGGGUGGAGAAUGUUCUUUGAUGGAGCAGUAAACUCUAUAGGAUCAGGAAUUGGAGCAGUGUUGAUAUCUGAAUCGGGGCAACAUUAUCCAGCAACAGCAAAGCUUAGAUUCCGAUGUACUAAUAACAUGGCUGAGUAUGAAGCGUGUAUUCUUGGCAUUAGAAUGGCUCUUGACAUGAAUGUUCAAGAAUUACUGAUAAUUGGUGAUUCAGACUUGUUGAUUCAUCAAGUUCAAGGAGAAUGGGCGGUGAAGAAUCCUAAAAUCUUACCAUACGUACAAUUGGUGCAGAGAUUAUGCAAAAGAUUUAGGAAGACCAAGUUCAGACACACACCGAGAAUACAAAACGAGCUUGCUGAUGCCCUUGCAACCAUAUCGUCCAUGAUACAACACCCAGAAAAAAGUUAUAUCGAUCCACUUGAGAUAGUUUUAAAAGAACAACCAGCACAUUGUUCACAUGUGGAAGCAGAAUGGGAUGGGAAUCCAUGGUAUACCGAUGUAAAAAAGUACUUAGAAGCUGGCGAAUAUCCAGAAAAAGCAACAAGUAUUCAAAAGAAAACAAUCCGAAGAAUGGCAAACAACUUCUUCUUGAAUGGAGAAGUUCUUUAUAAGAGGACACCUUAUCUGGGAUUACUGAGAUGUGUGGAUGCUGUAGAAGCCACAAAAUUGCUUGAAGAAGUGCACGCUGGAGUGUGUGGGACGCACAUGAAUGGGUUUACAUUAGCAAAGAAAAUCUUAAGGGCAGGAUACUUCUGGAUGACUAUGGAAAAUGAUUGUGGCCGGUUUGUCCAAAAAUGUCAUAAAUGUCAGUGGGUCGAAGCUGCUUCUUACAAAGCUGUGACAAAGAAAGUUGUGGCCAAUUUUGUUCGCAACAAUUUGAUAUGUCGUUUUGGAGUUCCAGAGUCUAUCAUCACAGACAAUGGAGCAAAUCUGAAUAGUCACUUGAUGAAAGAGAUAUGUGAACAAUUCAAAAUUACCCACCGUAAUUCAACUGCAUAUCGUCCUCAAAUGAAUGGAGCUGUAGAAGCUGCUAAUAAGAAUAUCAAGAGGAUACUGAGAAAGAUGAUUGACAACUACAAAUGUUGGCAUGAAAAUUUGCCUUAUGCUUUGCUAGGCUACCGCACCACAAUCCGAACCUCCACUGGAGCAACUCCUUACCUAUUGGAAGCUGGAUUGAGCGAUGCCGAAUGGAUUCGUGACCGAUAUGAGCAAUUGGCAUUGAUUGAUGAGAAAAGAAUGAGUGCCGUUUGUCAUGGCCAGUUGUAUCAACAGAGAAUGACUCGUGCUUUCAAUAAGAAAGUAAGAGUUCGAACAUUUGAGGUAGGCCAAUUGGUGUUGAAACGCAUUUUCCCUCAUCAAGACGAAUACAAAGGAAAGUUUGCACCUAACUGGCAAGGACCGUAUGUUGUCCACAAGGUACUAUCAAGAGGAGCUUUGGUUCUAGCGGAGAUGGACGGUCAGGUGUGGCGCAAAGCUAUCAAUUCAGAUGCCGUUAAGAGAUACUAUGUGUGA